UAUCAGAGCAGAGGGAGAGGGAAGACGAAAGGUUGCUUGCAGAUCGAUGAAGAAUAGAUGCUGGAGCUGCAAGAAAUGGGAGCAGCAUUUUUAUUGGGAUCAUUUUCAAGAAUCAAACUAUCGCUUUGUGAAGGUCAUGAAUGGAGAUUUCACUCACAAAAUGGCUACUCCUAUAAAAUUUGUGAAGGAAUGCAUUCGACAGAAACCACAUGGAAUUACUGUGUUCUGCAGCGAGAGCAAGAAGAGGUGGUACGUGAGUUGCAGCAGGAGAAGCUCCUCUUGGGGGUUUUGUGGAAAAUCACUUUUUAAAUUAUUGCAGGAAAAUAUGAUUCAGAAGGGUGAUGCCUGUGUGUUUCAGCUCAAGGAAAACAGGAAGGAUGUGGUCAUGGAAAUGCGCAUUGUGAGGGCUGAGGAAGUUUGUUCUAUAUUAGAAGAAAGUUAUUUUUGAAGGAUGCAUGAGGUUGUUUUUGUAAUUGGGUAUUUCAUGAAGGGUGUUUUUGCUGUUUUGCUCAUACUCUCUUAUCUCUG